AAACAAUCGUGAACUAACAAUCUGACAACGGAUGUGGUGAUUACUGAUGCUUAAAUACAGGAGUGAUUACUAAUACGUGACAGGUGUGCAUGGUGACUCGGGAGUGACAGGAAACAGCUGACAUGAACAAAACCGGAAGUCCUACAAAAAUAAAACAGGAAACAGUACAGGUCAUGACACAGAGAGGAGAAUAAACAACCAGAUCUGCUUUUAUGUCCCAUAGUGGUAAAUAUUAAUAAAUAAUAUUAAUAUAUUUGUGUUGGAACUGCUGUCAGGACAUUCUGUUCGUCCAAAAGGUGUGUGUACCUUAGCGUUGUCUUUGUCUUCUCAAUGCGUAACGUACACUGGCAAGAAGGAGACAUCCAUGGUGAACUGCUCUUUGACUCUUUGUUGCAAUAACAUCAUUUCAUUUCAAACACCCCCUCAACCACAUUCUGGCCAGAUGGGAGCAGGUUCACCCACCUGGACAGAGACGAUCCCAUCUGGAGCUGGAGAUGUCCUCACAGAUCCGACUGAGGCUGCUGCCUGGUGUCAGGUGCUUGUUCGAUGAGCCGAUUCAGGUGAAAGUGGCUGGACUGAAGCCGAGGCAGGUGGUGUCGGUGAGAGCCAGGGCGACGGAUGAGAAAGGACUUGAGUUCAGGUCCUCGGCCACCUACAGGGCAGACGGGAGUGGGUUCAUCCACCUGGACAGAGACCCCUCACUCGGCGGGAGCUACGUAGGGGUUGAACCCAUGGGGCUGCUGUGGUCACUGAGAGCUGAGAAACUGCACCAAUACUUUUUCAAGAACAAAGCGCUUGAACCUCUUGUGGUGAAGUUCUCUGUGCAUGAGGGGGACGAACAGGGCAGGAUGCUGGCGGAGGAGACCCAUGAAAGGUUUCUGAUUGGUGAUGGAGUCAGCAGGUUCUCUGUCAAGGAAGGGAAUUUUGAAGGAGUCCUCUUUACUCCUCCAGGACAGGGUCCCUUUCCUGCUGUGCUGGAUCUGUGCACCUUCAUGUCGGAGAAAAGAGCCUCUCUGCUGGCCAACAAAGGCUUUGUGGUUCUGGCUGUAGCAGUUCACACUGAGAAACCUAGCAACAACAAACCCAUGCACCUGGACCACUUUAAAGAAGCUGUGGAUUUUCUACAACGACAACCUAAGGUGGGCAGUAAAGGAGUUGGUAUAAUCUCACGGUCAAAGGGAGGAGAUGUUGCUCUUUCUCUUGCUGCCUUUGUGUCAGGUGUUGCAGCAGUAGUGUGGAUCAACGGCUGCAGCGCAGUUGUGGGUUCUCCAUUGUACUUUAAGAACCAAGAAAUACUCUCACCACUACCAGUGGACUGGAGCAAAGAGAUUUCCCAUGAAUCAGGAGCUAGUAUAGUCAGGUACGUGCUUGGAGAUCCUCGGGCAGAGGAGAACAGAGGCACUGUGGUGCCGGUCGAACAAGCACAGGCUUCUUUCCUCUUUGUGGCUUCAGGGAACGACCUCCACUGGGACAGCGAGGGUUACAUGGACGAGAUGGUGGAGAGACUGAAGCAUCAUGGGAAAAAGAACUUUGAGACAGUCUGUUACCCCAAAGCCGGUCACCUACUGGAGCCACCUUAUGGGCCUUUCUGUCCCUCUGCCACACAUGGACGCAUCAGCACUCCAGUCCUGUGGGGGGGUGAGCCCAGCGUUCAUGCAGCAGCUGAAGUCCACCUGUGGAAGAAGAUCCAGGAGUUUCUCACUGAUCACCUACGCUGUGGUUCUAAACAGUCUAAAGCCCAGCUAUAGGUUAGAGUGGUUGACCCAGGAAGAAAGGACACAUGUAACAUGUAAAUAUUAAAGAUGCUAAACUCAACACGAUGUGUUUAACUAGGAGUCUAUCAAUGGUUCAUGUGCAUCCUGUUUCCUUAUUUGUAAUUUCAGUAAUUUCAGAAAAUCUCCCAUCAGCAAAACCAAGAGUUGAUUCUAGAAGCAAUUGAAUUCAAUGAACCUUCAGUUAGUUU